UCUUUUUAAGGAGUUGGUUGCAUUAAUUUAAAUUGUAAUAAUUUAUGGAGUAUUAAUAUUUUUCUCUAUAAUUAUAAAUUUGAGUAACUUAAAAUAUUUAAAAUCAGCAUUCAAUUUUCUGUACAAGCGUUUUAUAAAUGUGUUUUUUCUUAGUGCCAUUAAAUGUGAGCUAUAUAGUAUUGAGUUAAUUUCAGGACAAUGACAAACGAAGCCGACGCGGACUUGGUCGAAGAAGUGGAGCCCAAACUUAAGUACGUUCGUCUCACCAAUGACGUGCAAACCAUACUGACCAAGGAUGGUGUGAGUUACUUGGCAGCCCAUCCUAAAUUCUUAUGCAUCGGCACCAACUGGGGCUCGGUGCACCUGCUUGAUUUUGAGGGCAACAUCGUUAAAAACCGACAAUUGCGUCCGCAUACGGUGGCCGUCAACCAGAUAAGCAUCGACAGCCGCGGUGAGUUUAUAGCCACUUGCUCGGACGAUGGCAACGUGUUUGUGUACGGACUAUACACGCAAGAGGACGCCCAAGAGGUUUCGCUUGGACGGUGCGUCAAAUCAGUGGCAAUCGACCCGUUGUACCACAAGUCAGGCGCGUACCGGCGGUUUGUCACGGGCGACGACCGGCUGAUGUUACACGAACGCACAUUUCUGGGCCGUACAAAGUCGGUAGUACUGUGCGAUGCCGAAGGCGCCGUGCACAACAUGAACUGGCAUAAUCGGUUCGUGGCCUGGUCGUCGAACAUUGGGCUCCGCGUGUACGACGUGGUAGCUCGGUGCUCGCUGGGCCUAAUCAAGUGGGACAAACGCGAUAACGUCGUGCCCAGUUCGUUUCGGUGCAACCUUACGUGGAAAGACAGCGGCACGCUGCUAGUCGGCUGGGUGGACACGGUGCGCAUUUGCGGGGUCCGCCGGCGGCAGCAACGGCUCAACAAGGACAUGCCCGAAUAUAAGGUGGAGCCGUUGUCAAUGUUCCGCAUCGAUUAUUUCAUCAGCGGCAUCGGGCCGCUAGACAACGAUCAAUUGGUCAUCUUGUGCUAUUCCAAAGAGAAGGACGCCGAUGGCAAAUCGAUGCGACCGCAGUUGUACGUCGUCGAGGCUAAGGAGUCCAAGUACGUAGAACUGUGCACGGACAACUUGUCGCUGCGAGGCUUCCAAGAUUUUGGGUGCAACGACUACGCCCUAGAAAGCCUGGUCGUGGAGAAUCUGUUCGUCGUGGUCAGUCCCAAGGACGUGGUGGUGGCCAACCCGUGCGACGCCGACGACCGCAUCGAAUGGCUAGUAGAGCACAACAAGUACUCGGACGCCAUGGCCGUCGUCAAUUCUAAGAACGUCGUGCUAAACCGUAACUCUCGCAUAUCCGUAGGCAAAAAGUAUCUCGAUCAUUUGCUAUUCACUGAAGAAUACGCACAAGCCGGUCGGCUGGCCGCCGAGCUGUUCGGCAACGAAAAAAAACUGUGGCAGGAAGAGAUAUUUAAAUUUGCACAGGUGCACCAACUGCGGCAGGUGUGCUGCUACUUGCCCAGGGGCGAGGUGACGUUGGACUCGCAUAUCUACGAAAUGGUACUGUACGAGUACUUGAAACUGGAACCAGACGGAUUUUUGAAAAUUAUUAAGCAAUGGUCGCCGUCUCUGUACAACGUGUCGGCGGUCACUAACGCGCUCAUAGAACACUUGAUCGCCAACUCCAGUUCGGAAUUGUUGGAAGCACUGGCUAUUCUGUACACCCACUCGGGCAAGUUUGACAAAGCCCUAGCGGCGUACCUGAAGCUCCGGCAUAAGGGCGUGUUCGAGCUGAUCGCCAAGCACGAUCUGUACGGGCAGGUGCAUGGCAUGAUCGAGCAACUCAUGGACUUAGAUUGCGACCAGACCAUCAAGAUACUGCUGGCAAAGGACUCGAUACCGAUAGACGUGGCGGUGGCUAAGCUGCAGAACAACAAACUGUACCUGUACACGUAUUUGGACGCGUUGGAAAAGAAAGACACGCGCGCACUGGGCAGGCGCAAUUUCCACAAGGAUCUGGUGCUGCUUUACGCGGAGUUCUCACGUGACAAGCUGUUACCUUUGCUCAAGCGCAGCGACAAUUAUUCGAUCGCCGAAGCGUUGGACGUGUGCAAACGACUGGAGUACUACCCAGAAAUGGUGUACCUGCUGGGUCGGAUGGGCAACACCAAAGACGCGCUCAACCUGGUCAUGUCGCAGCUGGACGACAUCGAGCAAGCCAUCGAGUUCUGCCGGGACCAGAACGACCUGGAUUUGUGGCACGACCUGAUAGGCUUGUCUUUGAACCGCCCGGACUUCCUCAAGGUGUUGUUGCAGAAGAUCGGCACGUACGUGGAUCCGAGAAUCCUAAUUCGGCGGAUUGGUAAGCACACCGAAAUACCGGGACUCAAGAACGCGCUGGUCAAGAUGAUGACCGACUACAACUUGCAGGUGUCCGUGGAACAAGGGUGUACCAAAAUCGUCGUGUCCGACUGCUUUGAUUUGCACGAAAAGUUGUUCGACGUUCGGCGAAAGGGCUGUAGCGUGGACGAGCAACACCUGUGCAGUGCCUGCCAGAAGUGUAUUAUCAGACCAGACCGUGUAGGAGGUAACGCCGUCAUUUUCUAUUGCCAGCACGCGUUCCACCAGGAAUGCAUACCGAUGGACGGCCUGGAAGCAGCUUGCAUAAUCUGCAUGGACAGCCGGAUGAAACAAGCGACAUUCCAAUAAACUAAAAUGUCCAAAUCGUGCCUUAAAUAUUUAUUUAACGUUAUGCUCAAUAUAUUAUGUUAUACGCGCUUACCCUUGUUAUUAACUGAAGUUGUGUUAUAUUUUUUCAAAACAAUAUUUUAACGAUAAAAUUUUGAUGUUAGUCAUUGCGAUAUAUUUUAUAAAUUAUUAUUUUUUUAUGUACGUAUUAUUC